AUGUAUGUGGAAAAACUAACUCCGGUCGCGGGUGUUACUAAACCAUAUCCAAUUGUCUUCAUCCAUGGCCAAGCUCAAACAGGCACUAAUUGGCUCAACAAACCUGACGGAGGAGAAGGCUGGGCCUCUUACUUCCUCUCUCAAGGAUAUGCAUGCUAUAUCAUCGACCAAACCUUCCGCGGCCGCAGUGCCUGGUUCCCUGGCAAUGGGACGAUGAGCACCUACAGCGCUGAGCUGUUACAGCAACGCUUCACCGCACCAAAUUUAUACAACCUCUGGCCGCAAGCAUCGCUACAUACCCAGUGGAACGGAACAGGCAUUAUGGGCGACCGAAAUUUCGACACAUACUAUUCCUCGACAGUCGAGUUCCUCAGUUCAGCAACCUACCAGCAAUCAACCGUGCAGGCCGCCGGCGCUGCCCUACUCGACACCAUCGGAUCCCCCGUCAUCCUCCUCUCCCACUCACAGGGCGGAGCCAUGCCGUGGCUGAUUGCAGAUGUGCGACCAAAGCUCGUCCACUCGAUCGUCUCGAUCGAACCCACCGGCCCUCCUUUCCAGGACGCCGUCUUCAGCAACUCCUCUACGCGCGCCUACGGACUUACCGAUAUCCCGAUAACCUACUCACCAGCCCUAGCCGAUCCGGUUGACCUCGUGAAACAUGUUAUCCCUUCCAACUCGUCGUUGUAUUCAGACUGCGUAAUCCAGGCUGAUUCCCCCGCACCGAGAAAACUCGUCAACCUUGCAAAGGUGCCCGUCUUGGUCCUGACGACUGAAUCGUCGUACCACGCGCCAUAUGACUGGUGCACGGUCCGGUUCUUGCAACAGGCGGGAGUCCCCGCGAAACACCUCCAGCUGGGGGAUAUCGGUAUCCAUGGGAAUGGACAUAUGGUUUUCAUGGAGAAGAAUAGUUUGGAAGUUGCUGCUGUUCUGCAGCGGUGGAUGGAGCGGACGUAA